GGCCCUACUAUCUACCCAGUUCUUUUUGCCGCCCUUAUUGGUAGAGCCUUGAAGUCGAUCGCAUUCUGGAAACUCCAAAGAGGCAGUAAAAUUGGCACCCUCGAUCGAGUCCUAGGCAGUAUGACCAUCGUCCAGACGGUUCUCACACAAGUUCAGAUGAGAUCUUUGAGCCUGUUGGGCUUUUUGCUCAUAGUAAUCUGGUCGCUCUCUCCGUUGGGCGGUCAAGCUUCGCUACGAAUCAUUCGCUCAAACUUGCAGGCAAACGAUACCAUAUGGCGACUCCAGUAUGUCAAUACCAGCUCGAACGUGCUGACUGGUAUCUACGAAGGUGCAGACACUGCUUCGCAGUUUGUGCCAGUCAACGCGCUCUUUGGCGCAGCCUUGGUUGGUGCGUCGUCGAGUUCAUCGUCCUCUGUUGAUGCGUGGGGUAAUAUCAAGAUCCCCUGGAUUGAGAGGUUGAACACCACGUGGGAAGAUGCCGAGGGAUGCAUGUACGAUUACAACCAAUCCUGGGAUUCUCCAGUCAACACUCGGCUGCGACACAUUACCUACAUGGAAAACAACAACGGUCCAGCCCAUUGGGUGGCUGCUAAUUGCACCAUCAGAACGACGUACGUCGAAGUCAACGUAUUCUGUGCAACAGGCAGCUGCACAGGGGUGAAGAUGAGAAAAUCACGUCGACCAUGCUCGCCAGAAAGCUGGACGGUUUUUGACGUUGCCGGAUCCGCAUUCUAUUGGUUCAGUCCACGUUUCGUGGGUGCUCUUCCAGCAGGUCAUUCUGUAGUCGCGUCUCCGUAUCAGAAUUUCAUCCUUAACCCGGAGAAUCCAUUUCCUACCUCUUUCAACGUACCGCCGGUCACAACGGUCUCGAAUUCCACCUUUGCCUUACGGCUGGGUCAAUUGCUCAACACAUUCUGGAUGGCGAUGCUAGCACCGACGGCAGUCCCUAAAGGCCUUCGAAAUUCAAAUCUCACUGCGGAUACGGCAGAGAUAGGCACAGUACUAUCGAACACAACAGUUACUGAGACACAGACUGAAUUUGUGUUGGAGUGUGACACAUUCUGGUUUGUGGUCUUGCUUCUAUCGUCAGGCGUCACAGCUGUCAUAGGUCUCUGCGGGUUGGUAGCAGCUAUGUGUAGCCGCGGACCAGACAUUUCGUUCAACAUCUCCUCACUAAUCAAAGACAGUCCAUUCUUUGAUCAAACCAACGUGGCAACUACACUCAGUGGCACAGACAGAUCCGUACUAAUGAAGGAUUGGUAUGCCAAGUACGGAGAUGUCGCUGCUGAAGAUGAGGUUGGGUAUAUUGCUAUUGGAAGCGGAAAUGUAGCAGAUCUGCAGACAGGGCGCCUGUAUAGGUGA